AUGCAACUCUCCAAUUUUGCUCUCCUCGCCGGCGUGCUCGGAGCCGCCGCACACCCUUCCGGACACGCCCAUCUUCAUCGCAGCGCCAAGCGAGAGGCCCCGGCCUUUGUCAAGGCUAUUCACAACAAGCCCUUGAUUCCCACGACCACCCAGCAGGCUUCGGCGGCUAGCUCUUCUGCAGCUCCUGCCACAACGGCGGCAGCUGUCUCGGCCAACACCCAGUCCAGCGAGUCCUCCGAGUACAUCGCUUUCUGUGGCAGCUCCAGCAAGGCGAAGCGUGUAACAUACGACCAAAUCAUGUACAAGGGCAACACCGGCACCAGCAACGGCUGCACAUGGAACUCCAACCUGAUGGUGGUCCCCAACAGCAUCGCCAAGAAGUACAAAUACAUCCAAGAGUACACCAACGUUGCUUCGGAACCGUACCAGGUCGUCUGCGCCAACAAGAUGGGCGCCGAUGGCCAGCUCACCGGCAUGUUCAAGGUCGCCGGCCAGAACCCGCUCAUCUUCACCCUCCAGCCUGGCGAGACGAAGACGGUCGUGGCAGACGACAACACUCAAGGCGUCUGCGCCUUUGCGCCAAACGAGGUUCCCACCACCACCCACGGUCAGUACGCUGGCGUCUGGGCUGAGUUUGACUUUGCGAACGCGAGCAACGGAGGCUGGUCUGGCGCCGACUGCUCGUCCCUCGUCGCCCAGGCUUAUAACAUGGACGUUCCCGGCUGCCGCAUGUCGGAAGGUGGCGUCGACUCGACAAUCCUUCCCGGCGGCCACGGCACAAACGCUUACACCAAGGGCAUGGAGGCCCUCGACGGUAUCGGCCUCAACAUUGUUCCCGGCAGCACCACUAUCAAGGUUUUCGUCGGCUUCUCUGGGUAA